AUGAAAACCACCACUCUCACCCUGGGUCUUCUCGCCGCCGUCCGAGCAGCCUAUGCGGCCCCCCUAUGCAACAGAACCACCUCCCUGAGGGAGGAGGCUGCCAAGAAAGAUAUUCUCAUCGGGUCUGGUGCCAUCAACCCAGCCUAUUUGGAUGAUCCUAGGUUCUCCGCCGUCCUUGCCGAGCAGUUCAACAGCCUGUCUCCCGAAAAUGAGGGAAAGUGGGCGUUCCUCAACCCGACCAAAGGACAUUACGACUGGACAAAGAUCGACCGCCUCGUCGCCUUCGCCGAGGACAACAACAUGGUCGUCAAAGGACAUGGCCUCAUCUCGGGCUGCUGCAACCCUAGCUAUGUCGACGCCAUAACCAUGCCCGCAGAGCUUCGUGCUGCCAUGACGGCUCACUUCGAGGCAGUCAUGCAUCGCUACGACGGCAAGGUGGAUCGUUGGGACGUCGUCACUGAAGCCCUAGAAACGCAGGGCACCGUUCUGGAAACCAACAGCACCUUCUACAGGCUUCUCGGCCCCAGCUACAUCGACGAGGCCUUCCGCAUUGCCCGAGCAGCAGAUCCAGAUGCCAAAUUGUUCUUCAACGAGAAUCUUGUCGAGGUGCUCCCGGCCAAGCGACAGGCACUCCUCGAAAUAGUCACUCGCCUCGUAUCGGAGGGCGUCCCGAUCGACGGAGUAGCCCUCCAGAUGCACAUCACCGAAGUUGCCCCAGAACCGGGCGUACUGACGGAAAUGGUCAACUCCUACAAGGCGCUCGGAUUGGAGGUGACGAUUGCUGAGAUGGAUGUCCACACCCUCAACACUACCCUCCAGAUCGAAAUCUACGGCGCCGUCAUUACCGAGGCUCUGGACGCAGGCAUCACUGACAUCAGCUUCUGGGGCUUCACGGAUAAUCAUGCUUACACCUGGCUGCCAGGCGCGAAGCCUCUCAUGUUUAACGAGGACUACAAGCCCAAGGGCGCAUUCUUCGCUACCCAUGCCGCCCUGAAGAACUUUGUCAGCAAACCUUAG